UUGAGCGGCGCACACUCACACUGAUGCCGUUUCCUCGUCAGAGUGAAGCAAAAGUUCGCUUUUCUUUUACUCGUUAAUGGAUCUUAAGAUUUUAUUUUUUAUCACAAUGUGGAUUUAAGAUUAGUUCCUGACGCAGCUGGUUUGGUGCCCAGCAAGCCAACAUGGAUCUGUCCAAGUCUGCGAAGCACAUAAACGGCAGACAGCGGAAGUCUGCAGCGAUGCCCGCGGACCGGACCAACCAGCAGUUGCUGGAUGAAGAAGAGGCGCUCAUGGAGAACCCGGACGAUGAGAGCAGAUCAUCCAAAGUACGCAACGGCAUCCGAGGAGAACUCGGCAACGUGUCUUUGCUCCUCUUUCUGUACGUCCUGCAGGGCAUCCCGUUAGGCCUGGCGGGCAGCAUCCCGCUGAUCAUGCAGAGUAAGAACGUCAGCUACACGGACCAGGCGUUCUUCAGCUUCGUCUUCUGGCCGUUCAGCCUCAAGCUGCUCUGGGCGCCGCUGGUCGACUCGCUGUACGUCAAGCGCUUCGGGCGCAGGAAGUCGUGGCUGGUGCCCACUCAGUACCUGCUCGGGCUGUUCAUGCUGGGCCUGUCGUUUGUCGUGGACUCUCUCCUCCAGUCGGACGGGACCAAGGAACCGAGCGUGAUCGUCCUCACAGGCGUUUUCUUCAUGCUGGCUUUCCUGGCCGCCACGCAGGACAUCGCGGUGGACGGCUGGGCUCUGACCAUGCUGUCUAAAGAAAACGUGGGAUACGCCUCCACGUGUAACUCCGUAGGACAGACGGCCGGGUAUUUCCUGGGCAACGUGCUGUUCCUGGCUCUGGAGUCGCCAGAUUUCUGUAACAAGUACCUGAGGUUUGAGCCGCAGGAUCGGGGCAUCGUCACGCUCUCGGAUUUCUUGUUUUUCUGGGGGAUCGUUUUCGUCAUAUCCACCACCCUGGUGGCUCUGCUGAAGUCGGAGGACAGCGGGCCGCGCCCCUCCAGGCGGAGACAGAAGGACGAGACUCGGGGUGUGAUGGAGACCUACAAGCUUUUGUUCUCCAUCAUCCGGAUGCCCGCCGUCUUCACGUUCUGCUGCCUCCUGCUGACCUCCAAGAUGGGGUUUUCAGCAGCAGACGCGGUGACCGGUCUGAAGCUGGUAGAGGCGGGGGUGCCCAAAGCCGAGCUGGCACUGCUGGCGGUGCCCAUGGUGCCUCUACAGAUCCUGUUACCUGUGAUCAUCAGUAAAUACACAGCGGGACCCCGCCCGCUCGACAUCUUCUACAAGGCCUUUCCCUUCAGGUUGCUGAUUGGACUGGGGUACGCGUUACUGGUGUGGUGGACUCCCAGUGUGAAACAGGAGGACGGAUUUCCAGUGUAUUAUUACGCUGUAGUUCUGCUCAGCUACGCUGUACAUCAGGUGGCGCUGUACAGCAUGUUUGUGGCCUGCAUGGCGUUCCACGCUAAAGUGAGCGACCCGGUGAUCGGCGGCACCUACAUGACGCUGCUGAACACGAUGACGAACCUGGGUGGGGACUGGCCCUCCACGCUCGCUCUGUGGCUGGUGGAUCCGCUCACGUCCAAGCGGUGCGACGGGGCGCCCACACAGACGUGCGGCUCUGCCGAGGAGGCCGGGUUGUGUAUGAAGGAAGGCGGCGUGUGUGUGACGGUGCUGGACGGUUAUUACGUGGAGUCUCUGGUGUGUGUUCUGAUCGGGUUCGGAUGGUGGAUCUUCUACGGGAAGAGGAUGAAGCGGUUACAGGAGGAGAGUCCGUCCGCGUGGCACUGCAGGAUCGCCAAAUAACGUCCGGCGCCGGACCAGUAAGGAACCAGUCGGCGUGUUCUUAUCUGCGUGACUGGUCGCGUUAACCGGUUCCUACUGGAUCUCACUGAGAACCGAAAUCGAAGCGGCUUUACGCUGGUGAGGGAUUUAAUGCAGAUCCUCGUCUCUCUUACACACUUGUAAUCAUUUUUUCAGACUUUGGUGGAGCUGCUGCUGGACUGACGACCCUGAAGAAGGAAAAUCUGAAUGAUUUAGAUGAAACGGUAAAAUUUUCUGUGCUGAUCUCAGAUCUAUAAAUACAGGUUAAAAAGAUAAAGGACGUGUCCUAAUCAUUCUUAUAUCGAAAGUGAUCAUUUUGAUGUUCAUGUGAAGCAGUUGUUCACCUACAGCAGGGGUUUUCAACCUGUUUUUUAUUAGUUUGGUCAAAAUACACCAAGAAAACAAGGGGGGGCAACCACCACCACUGAGACGCACAAACAUUAUAACCGUCGUCGUGUUUCAUUCAUCGUUGCUGUUAGUUUGGGUUUAAAAGCAGCAGCCGGCGUGAAUUAGCUUCAUGUUCUUUGUUGCUUUAUGGUGUUUUAAUUGAUUUAUUUAAUUUUUACUUUUGAUUUAGUUCGAUUCUGAGAUUCCUGAUCCAGUACUGGUCGUACUGGGGUUACUGGUUUUACAGUACCAACCCUGAAUUGGUAUAAUAUCAGAUUUUUUUGUUUCCAGUUUCCAGUCUGAUCGAGAUGCUUUACAAUACACAGAUCCACCAGGUAAACACUGUCGUUGGAAUUUGUCACCUGCUCUGAUGAAUAAAUUAAUAUUAAUAAUUUGUAUACUCAUGAUGCUUCCGUUAGGGGGCGCCACAGCAGAUUAUUGGUUUAUUAUCUUUAUUACGUGCAUGUCCUCAUCAUCACCAAACAUCAAAUAACUCCCAUCCCCCUUCUGCACAUGCUCAAAUCGUCUUAACCCCCCUUUUGUCUUCAAAAAAUCCUGUCCAUCCUCGUCACUCCCGAACAAAACUGCAUUAAACUCGAGCAUAUUUAAUUCUGUGCAUCGUUUAUUCUGUGUAAAUAGCAAAACGAAGGCCAGAAAUGAUAUAAAAAGCACAAAGAAAGACCAGCAACAAUGCAAAUGUGUUUUAAUACCAGCAUUAUUACAAAAGUAGAAAUUUAACAAUUGAUAAAAGUAAAUAAAGGAGCUCUUAGCCUUGAUUUGUAAUAAAAUAUAUUUGCUUACAGCUGUAAGCACUGUAAUCUGUGUUCAUUCACAUAAUGAACACACUGAUUUACUGGCAAGUUUAUGGAACAGUAGUAGCCUAGUGAGUAGAGCUUUGGCUUAGCAAUCAGAAAAUGUUUGGCCCCUGAGCAAGGCCCUUAAGUCUCUUGACUCCAGGGGUGCCGUGUCUAUAAUACAAGUAGUUGUGUUCCUUAUUCCAUCGAUUAUACGUUUAACCAGACCGAUAGAAAGUACCAGUGGAUCAGGAGAAUGACUGAGUGGUGACACCUGCUGGUGAAGCGAUGUAACUGCAUUAACUACAUCAGAAUACAACUAGUCUCGGAUUGUCUAGUAAAACCAGACACAGAAAAAAAUAAACAAAUAUAACAAACAUUAUAAACUGCACAUGGUGUAACUGCACCCCUUGAUUGACUCUGGAUUAAAAGUAAAAUAUGAUGUUAUGCGUAUAAAACGUAUAGACUGUGGAAACAGUGGUAGCCUAGUGUGUAGAGCUUUGGCUUUGGCCCUUGAGCAAGGCCCUUAAGUCUCUUGACUCCAGGGGUGCCGUGCAGGGGAAGGGGAUGUACACGUGUGUAUCAGACAAGUACAGUAGUUGUGUUCCUUAUUCCAUUGAUUUAUACAUUUAACCAGGCCGAUAGAAAGUACUAGUGGAUCGGGAGAAUGACUGAAUGGUGACACCUGCUGGUGAAGCGAUGUAACUGCACGCACUGCAUCACAAUACAAGCAGUACAGAUAACAAACUUUAUGACCUGGACAUGAUGUGACUGCACCCCUUAAUUGUUCUGGUUUAAGUAAAAACUAAUGUUAUGCACAUAAAACUUUUAGAUUGACCAACUUUCAUACAGCAUGGAGACUUGAUCCAACAAGUACUGUACAAAUCAAUCUGUAUAAUCAAUCAAUAAUAAACUGAUAUCAUCUAUAUUUUGCACUUGCAUCCAGGUUAAAAACCCCUGAUGUGCUGCUGGAAUAUAGAACAGGGUUCUUAUAGUUCUUCACCUUCUCUUUUCUGUACUGCUGAAUACACCGACUGGAUGGUAAUUUACUGUUACUGCAGUUUGUCUUUGUUACUUCUGCUUUGUCUUUGUUUAUUAUUUGCAUAAAUGCUUUUUUGCCUUCAUUCGGACGCACAAAUACCACAUGAAUUCCAAAUCUUAACAUGAACUUUAUACUGUAAUUCCAGGGUCGCAAAAUGUUCGGAAUGUUUGUGAUUGGUUGUAAUUGACUAUAGGGCUGGAUGUCAUGAAGUUUUGAUUUAAAACGUCACAUUGUGAUAAUCACACGUUGUUCUUGUUUACUUUCAGCUUCGUCAUGAUAAGUAACUGUUGGGUGUAAUUAUAUUGUUGUGUGUUAUUAUAUUUUUAUUAUAUGUUUAUAUGUGGGCCAGUUGUUUGAUUUGGUGCUUGGCUGGUGCACCACCAUUGAGCUCCAGGUUCGAAUCUCGGCCGGGCAUUUACACAGACAUGACUGGAUCGCCACUCCCCAUCCUGGUGGUUCAUGGUGGAACCGGACCUGCCGCAACCCUGAUCGGGAUGAAAUAGUUGAUAGAAAUGAAAUAAAAUGAAUUAUUUACAUUUUUUUGACCAAAUUAAAAGUAAAUUAUGUGA